UUCUAGACUGCAGUAGUCCGAUUAGAUGUCUCCACGAUAGCAAAUGCAAUUUAAUAGAGGAUGGCAGAAAUUACACGUGUGAUUGUUCGUAUGGAUGGGUUGGAGAUAAUUGUCAAGAUAUUGAUGUAUGCACUCCGUACGACGAUGCCGACAUUGUAUUUCUUGUUGAUAUUUCUCGGAGUGCGGCUACUGGGCAUGUGGAUUUGAUGAACAAUUAUAUACAGGAUUUCGUAUCACACUUUCCAAUAGCAGCGGAUCAUUUCCAAUUUACAUUGGUAACUUUUGCAUUUGAGCCGCAGAUCUUGUUUUAUUUAGAAUUUACACAUGGAUAAUACCACAUUGCUCCAAGCAAUCGAAGAUUCCAUGGGAACUGUAACAUGUGAGGGACCUACCAUGGUAAAUAAAGCUCUCGACUUUGUAGCUUCAGAAUUAUUUGAUGAAGGAAAUGGAGCUAGGAACGGAGUUGGAAGAUACGUGAUUGUUCUGACUGACGGGCUAUUUUCGAAUCCUCUAAAAAGUAGGGAAAGUGCACAUAUAUUACAUUCCCAAGCUAAUGCUCACAUUUAUGCAAUAGCUGCUGGAAGUUUCGUCAAGCCCCAGGGACUUCUGGACAUAUCUUCUUCAUACAGAAAUGUUUAUCCAAUAGGCAUGCAUGAUUCUAUCCAAAAUGUUCUCAAGCAAACCAUGUUCGGAUGCGAAGGUUGUAGUAGGAAAGGUUCGGAUAUAACCAUGCUGUUCGACGUUUCAUCGGAAACACAUUUUGAAGAUUUUGAUGCUCUCUUAAGGGCUGGGGAAUUCAUCAUAAAGAACACAGAAUUGUCAAAAAACAACAGCGACAUUUCGAUGGCUACUUACGGAGAAGAUUACGUUUCGUUGGUUCGAUUUCGGGAAAAUAACCUUGAGGAAAAGCUUAUGCAAGUUCUCAACACUGCAGUUCGUCAGACUGCUGGAACCAGACGGUUUAACAUGUCUUCAUUAGUUAAAGAGUCAAUGAAGGAGUUGCCUGACAGCAAUGGUAGAAGGAAUGUCAUUAUUUUCUUAACAAACGCCCUCAACUUGAACGUAGACAGUGAUACGAUUGAAGAAAUCAUGAAAGGCAACAACGUUUUAAUUGUCGCAGUUGGAGCGGGUUUAAAUUCCAAUUAUAGCGCAUUACUUGAAAUGUCUUCACAUCCGUCUUUCGUGUUUGUUCUUGGAAAGGAAAUGUUCACUGACGAAACUAUAUUGUUCUCUUUACAGUCAGUUCUAGAGUAUGACGAGUGUAUUGUGUAAUACAUUUUCGUCGAGCAAAAUCUGCUUUGGAAUUGACACAAUUUUUCAAUUCUAUUUUUUAAACUGUAGAAGAAUGUAACAGAAACGAUUUAAAUUCUUUAUAUUAUAUCCGGGUCUGUUCAGUUUGAAAUGACAUAAUGCCAUAGACAUGUUAUAUUUGUAAGUUUAUUUAUCCCGAUUACAAACAUAUAUAACCAAAAUCAGUUUAUAAUGAUUCAUUGUGAAAAAAUAGCACCCAAAUGGUAGCUUGACAAAAGGACUAUGGACAGCGAACAUCAGACCCCGAUUAGCUGCUAUAACGGGUUGGACAUCGUUUGAAAAAUCGGCACCUAGUGAUCAAAUGUCGUUUUUAUAAACUGCCUUGAGACGUUUGCCGUCAAUUGUUGGUGUUUGCUGGAGAUAUUGGUUAACAAAAAAACUAGCUCUAAUAGCUUAUCUUUCACGAGAAAACAUGAUCUAUGCAAU